AUGAAUGUAUCGAUUGAAACAAUGACUGGCCUCGAACGCCGACUCACAAUAGCGUUGCCGAGCGAGGAGUUCGAAUCUCAAAUCACAGAACGACUGCAUGAUGCCGCUGGUAAAGUACGCAUCAGCGGCUUUCGUCCCGGCAAAGUGCCUCUCAAAGAAGUGCGCCGCCGUUAUGGCCAGGCUGUCCGGGCUGAAGUUGCCGGUGAGCUCAUGCAGCAGAGUUUUGUGUCUGCUGUGCAGCAGGAAGACCUCAACCCUGCAGGUUCCCCGAGCCUGGAAGUGGUCAAAAUGGACCCGGGUAUCGAUUUCGAAUUUACUGCGACAUUUGAGGUGUACCCGACAGUCGAUGUGGCUGAUCUGUCUCAGGUAAGCGUGCGCAAACCGCAAGCUGAAGUGACCGAUGAUGACCUGAAUACCAUGAUCGAGCGGCUCCGUGAGCAACGCACAGUGUUUGAACCCGUCGAUCGCGCAGCCGCGGCGGGUGACCAGGUUACUGCAGAUUUUUCAGCCACCUUCGAAGGCGAACCCGUAGAAGGCACAGCAGGCGAAGACGUCGAUUUUCGUGUUGGUCAGGGCCAGAUGAUUGAAGACUUCGACAAAGGUGUCGAAGGGGCUAAAGCUGGCGAAACCGUUACUUUUGACGCCACAUUCCCGGAAGAUUAUCGAGCCGAAAAUCUACAGGGUAAAACCGUGCAGUUUUCCGUCACCGUAAAAGCGGUGAAAGAAGCUAAAGUGCCGGAACUCAACGACGAUUUCUUUAAAAGCUUCGGUGUUGAAGAGGGCGGUGAAGCUGCUUUCCGGGAAGAUGUGAAAAACAAUAUGCAGCGUGAAAUGGACUCCGCGCUAAAAAACCAGCUGAAGCAGCAGGUUAUGGACCAGCUGGCCAAAAUACACGAUUUUCAGAUGCCGAAUGCGAUGAUCCAGCGCGAAAUCCAGGUCCUGAAAGACCAGAUGCUCGAUCAGUUUCAGAUGGGCGGAGCAGGCCCCAAACCUGAAUUACCCAGUGAACUUUUUCAGGACCAGGCAGAACAACGUGUGAAAGUUGGGCUUGUGGUUAAUGAAAUCAUCAAGAAAAACGAGCUGUCCGUUGAUCGGGAGAUGCUGGAUGCUCGACUCGGUGAAAUCGCCGCACAAUACGGCGAACCAGAGCAGGUGAUCAGCUGGUAUCGCUCUAAUCCUGAACAAUUGCAGAACAUUGAGAUGGGUGUGCUUGAAGAACAGGUGGUUGACCACAUAUUGUCUGCAGCACAGAUUGAAGAUGUGCCUGCGAGUUAUGAGGACGUUGUCAGCGGCAAGGCCAUUGCAGACCCUGCCCUUGGGUCUUUGCUUUUGGAGAAAUGCAUGACAGAUAUACGUGAUCCGCAGUUGAACCCCGCACAAGGCCUCGGCAUGGUGCCCAUGGUGGUUGAACAGUCCGCCCGUGGAGAGCGCGCCUUUGAUAUUUACUCACGGCUGCUGAAAGACCGAAUCGUCUUUCUAGUUGGCCAGGUAGAAGAUCACAUGGCCAAUCUGAUUGUGGCGCAGCUGUUGUAUCUGGAAUCUGAGAACCCGGACAAAGACAUUAACUUGUACAUCAAUUCGCCCGGUGGCUCCGUCACAGCAGGCAUGUCGAUCUACGAUACCAUGCAAUUUAUCCGCCCGAACGUUGCCACACUGUGUAUCGGUCAGGCGGCCAGCAUGGGUGCAUUCUUACUCGCGGCCGGCGCGCCGGGCAAGCGUAUAGCAUUGCCCAACUCGCGGAUGAUGCUGCAUCAACCCAGUGGUGGAUCGAGAGGCGUCGCAGCGGAUAUCGAGAUUCAGGCCCAGGAAAUUCUGCUCAUGCGUGAGCGCUUGAACAAACUGAUUGCUCAUCACACCAGCAAAGACGUGGAAACGGUUGCCAAUGAUACCGAUCGCGACUUCUGGAUGAGUCCGGACGAAGCGCUGGCCUACGGUUUAGUCGACCACGUCCAGCAAAGUCGUGAGGAACAUGCCAAACGCGUUCUCGCAGUGGCUGUCUACAAUCACUACAAACGCCUGAACUACAAUGGCAAGAAAGACGAUGUAGAGCUUUCGAAAUCAAAUAUUCUGCUGAUUGGCCCCACAGGCAGCGGCAAAACUCUGCUUGCAGAGACGCUUGCACGCCUCCUGGACGUCCCGUUCACCAUAGCUGACGCAACCACGCUCACAGAAGCCGGUUACGUUGGUGAAGAUGUUGAAAAUAUCAUUCAGAAACUGCUGCAGAAAUGCGAUUACGACGUUGAUAGGGCCCAGGUGGGUAUCGUCUAUAUUGAUGAAAUAGACAAAAUAUCCCGCAAGUCCGAUAACCCUUCCAUCACGCGAGACGUGUCCGGUGAAGGGGUGCAGCAGGCACUCCUGAAGCUGAUCGAGGGUACUGUCGCAUCGGUUCCGCCUCAAGGCGGCAGGAAGCAUCCACAGCAGGAGUUCCUGCAGGUCGAUACGUCUAACAUCCUCUUCAUAUGUGGUGGUGCGUUUGCCGGCCUUGAUAAAGUCAUCAUGGACCGCUCUGAUAAGUCAGGCAUCGGCUUUGGCGCUGAAGUCAAAGGUGAUGCUGAUCGAAAAAGUAUUGGCGAAACCCUUCGUAGCGUUGAACCAGAGGACCUGAUCCAUUACGGCUUGAUCCCGGAAUUUGUUGGCCGUCUGCCAGUGGUUGCGACGCUCGAAGAACUUGAUGCUGAUGCAUUGAUUCGCAUUCUUACCGAACCAAAGAACUCGCUCACCAAGCAGUACGCCAAACUGUUUGAUAUGGAAAAUGUUGAAGUCGACUUCCGCGAAGAUGCGUUGCGUGCCAUUGCAGCAAAAGCUAUGGAACGUAAAACCGGCGCCCGCGGACUGCGCUCGAUUCUGGAAGCCGUACUGCUGAAUACCAUGUACGACCUGCCAUCAUCCGAUUCAGUAACUAAAGUAGUUAUAGAUGAAAGCGUCAUCAAAGGCGAAAGCGAUCCGAUGCUCAUCUACGAAAACGUCGAUCAGGCGGUUACUGAGCACGCCACCAAUUUUUUUGUCACUGCUCGAGGCACCCCCGUGGAUUCUGCGCUUAUAGAAAACAUUCCGGUUCUUCCAUUACGCGACAUGGUGGUUUACCCCCAUGGCGUUCACCCAUUGUUUGUCGGUACCCAGAGUUCUAUCAGUGCGCUCGAUGCGGCCAUGGCUGAUGACAAACAGAUACUGUUGCUGGCAAAAAUAGACCCGGAGGUUGGCGAGCCGAAAGCUGACGAUCUUUAUAAUCUCGGAACCGUAGCAACCAUUCUACAACUGCUUAAACUACCCGACGGCACGGUUAAAGUGCUGGUUGAGGGCGGACAGCGCGCCAGUGUUGCAGAAUUUAACUUCAGCGAAGAUUACAUACAGGCAAGCGUUACGUUACACGACGAGCCCGAAAUCGAUUCCCGUGAGGGAGACGCCCUGGCACGCACGCUGUUGGCUCAAUUCGAACAAUACGCUCAAGCCAGUAAAAAAGUGCCUCAGGAAGUUCUAUCUUCACUUUCCAGUAUUGACGACCCGACACGCCUGGUAGACACCAUUGCAGCGCAAAUGUCAUUGAACAUCAGUGAUAAACAAGCUGUUUUAGAGGCAUUACCACUGCAGGAACGGAUGGAUCUGCUGCUUGAAUUGAUGGAUGCAGAACUCGACGUUCUUGAAAUGGAAAAGCGUAUUCGCGGGCGCGUUAAAAAGCAGAUGGAGCAAAGCCAGCGCGAGUACUAUCUGAAUGAGCAAAUGAAAGCCAUCCAGAAAGAAAUGGGCGAAAAUGAGCAGGGUGAAGUCGAGGAACUGCAGAAAAGCAUCGACAACUCCGGAAUGCACAAAGAAGCCAAAGAAAAAGCCCAGGCUGAGUUAAAUAAACUUAAGUUGAUGGCGCCCAUGUCUGCCGAAGCUACCGUUGUUCGUAGCUACCUCGACUGGAUCGUCAACGUACCGUGGCAGAAGAAGAGCCGGGUACGCAAAGACCUUGCAGCAGCACAGAAAAUUCUUGAUGAAGAUCACUACGGCCUAGAAGAAGUCAAAGACCGUAUAAUUGAAUACCUUGCGGUACAGAACCGCGUAUCGCGCAUGAAAGGACCGGUACUUUGUCUUGUUGGUCCACCCGGCGUGGGUAAAACCAGUCUUGGCGAAAGCAUUGCACGGGCUACAAACAGAAAAUUUGUACGCAUGGCCCUGGGUGGCGUGCGGGAUGAAGCGGAAAUCCGCGGCCACCGCCGGACCUACAUUGGUUCGAUGCCAGGCAAAGUCAUCCAGAAAAUGUCCAAGGCUGGCGUUGCCAACCCUCUGUUUCUGCUUGAUGAAAUUGACAAGAUGGGUAUGGAUGUUCGCGGCGACCCGGCGAGCGCACUAUUAGAAGUGUUAGAUCCUGAACAGAACAACACGUUCAACGAUCACUACCUUGAAGUCGACUAUGACUUAUCCAAGGUGUUUUUUAUCUGCACCUCGAACUCGAUGAACAUACCCGCGCCGUUACUCGAUAGAAUGGAAGUGAUCCGCUUACCGGGUUAUACCGAAGACGAAAAGCUGAAUAUCGCCAAGCGUUACCUGGUACCGAAACAGACCAAAGCCAACGGAUUAUCUAAGGGUGAGUUGGAAAUUACCGAUGAAGCCUUAUUGGACAUUGUCCGCUACUACACCAAAGAAGCGGGUGUGCGCGGUUUAGAGCGGGAAAUUGCGAAGCUGGCACGCAAGAUCGUGAAAGCCCACGCGCUAAAAAAAUCCAAGGGUGCUGCUCGUAUUGAUGCUGACGACCUUGAAGAAUACAGCGGCGUGCGGCGCUUCAGUUAUGGUUUAGCCGAAGAGGAAAACCACAUCGGUUUGGUCACCGGUUUAGCCUGGACCCAGGCCGGCGGUGAAUUACUAAACAUCGAAGCCGUUGCAGUGCCGGGCAAAGGGAGGCAGACAAAAACCGGCUCCCUGGGCGACGUAAUGCUUGAAUCGAUUCAGGCGGCACUGACAUUUGUUCGCAGUCGCUCGGUCUCGUUAGGACUCGCCGAGGACUUUCACGAAAAAUUCGACUUGCAUGUGCAUGUGCCGGAAGGCGCAACACCUAAAGAUGGGCCCAGCGCAGGCAUCGGCAUGUGCACCGCGGUUGUCUCCGUGGUUACUGGUAUCCCCGUACGCGCCGACGUCGCCAUGACAGGUGAAAUCACCCUGCGCGGCCAGGUAUUGCCCAUAGGCGGCCUGAAAGAGAAAUUACUCGCCGCACACCGUGGCGGUAUCGCGCAUGUCAUUAUUCCCGCCGACAAUGAAAAAGACCUGAAAGAGAUACCUGACAACGUCAAAGCUAACCUGACCAUACACGCCGUCAAGUGGAUGGAUGAAGUUCUCGAAAUUGCGCUCGAGCGUGUUCCGCAGCCAAGAUUGAUAGAUACUGAGACGGCAGCACAGGGUGACAAUCAAGUAAAUAAUGUUGCUGCGCAGACCCGCGCAAUGUCGGUAUCCAACAAAUACCCGCUAAGCAAUACACAAGAGGGGCUUAAUGUGAAUAAAGCAGAGUUGAUUGACCGCAUCGCGGAAUCAUCAGAUAUAUCCAAAGCGGCCGCAGGCCGUGCAUUGGACGCCGCGAUCGACGCAAUUACUGACUCGUUGAAAGAUGCAGAUCCGGUAUCGCUGGUUGGUUUCGGUACCUUCCUGGUUCGGGAGCGCGCCGCGCGCACCGGGCGCAACCCACAAACAGGCGCUGAGAUUCAGAUUGCAGCUGCCAAAGUACCCGCGUUCAAACCUGGCAAAGCACUUAAAGACGCGCUCAACUAG